GAAGGAACACACAAAACACCCGGGAGAGGGACGAGUAGUGUCUAGGUCACAGAUGAGCAAAGUGUCUUUUCCUGCCUUGUCCCGCGUGGCUGUGUGUGGUGGUACCCAUGGCAACGAGCUCUCGGGUGUGUACCUGGUGCGGGAGUACUUGAGGAGGAAGCAUAACCAACGCAAUGCCCAGGAGUCCUUUACCUUGAUGAUGGUGAUGUCAAAUCCGCGCGCCGUUCAACAGUGUCGUCGCUACACCGAGACAGACUUGAACCGUUGCUUCACUCGAGCCACUCUCAGUACUCCCAUCUCCGAUAAGACACCAUAUGAGAUUGUGCGUUCCCAGGAGCUCAAUGGCUUGUUGGGGCCCAAGGGAAGCCCUGAAGCUAUGGAUCUGGUGUGCGACCUGCACAACACGACGGCCAACAUGGGCCUGUGCUUCAUCAGCUUCUCUGACAGCGAUUGGAUCUGCCUACACAUCUACAGACACCUCCAGAGAGAGCUGGCCACCAUACCUGUACGAUACAUACACUUUGACACACCAAAGAAUGAAGCUUACUCUUUAGAAUCAGUGGGAAAACAUGGCUUCGCGAUGGAGAUUGGCCCACAGCCCCAUGGUUCUGUCAGGUCCAACAUUUUUGUUGCUAUACAAGAGGGAGUAGAGCAAAUGCUGGAAUGGAUCCACCUCUUUAACUCAGGGACUCAGUUUGAGGGAGGGUCCGUGGAAGUGUUCACGCUGGUUAAGAACAUUGACUACCCACGGGACCCUGAGACACGUGCCAUCACUGCUGCUAUUCAUCCAGAUCUUCAGGACCGUGACUUUUGCCUGCUUCACCCUGGCGAUCCUUUAUUCCUCUCUUUCUCUGGGGAGACACUGCGUUACAAAGGGAAAGAGCCACUCUAUCCGUUUUUCGUUAACGAGUGUGCUUACUAUGAGAAGGGCAUCGCUCUCUCUCUGGCUCGCAGAAGGAGAGUCGUCAUUCCAUCCAUCCAGUGCGACAGAGACCGAUAGUCAAGAAGGAUGGGGACUCGACAAUGGGACACUUCCCACACUGGGGAUAAAGGGGUCAAAGUACGGACUCGUUUCAUUUGAAAUCCACAGCGAUGUCUGUGAGGAAUGCGCAAAGAAAUAAUCACAUAAAUACAAUGUAACGUCAUCAGCUUUAAUGAAUAUAUGCCUCACAUUUUCAAACUUCCUAAUGCAUAUGCAGCACUGCUAGAACAGAACAUUUUAAAAACAAUUCUGAGAUAUCAUAGAGAGAAAGAUGAAAACAAAAGAUAAGAGUGAUUGAUAUCGACGCUUCUCUACAUUCAAAAGCUGAAGAAAACAACUUAACUUUGCUUGAAUUGGUCUAUUUCUAACAUCAUCUGUUUUUGUGUCUGUAUAACACAGCCGGCAGUGUACCAGAAAUGUGGAUAGUGUACAAAUAAACAGCCAUCAUUAGAUUGAAAUUUGAUCUAUUACAAACAUUUCAUUUUUAAUGAUUUCAUUAUAUCAAUUUAAUUUCAUUAAAUCAAUUUAAAUCACAGUAGCCAUAAAUAAACUAUUUCUAAAUAUCAAAUGUAAAAAAGAAUAUUUCUAAUACAGACAGAUAUUACAAACAGUCACGACAAAAAUAAAUAAAAUGAGAAAAUAAAUAAAUAUGAUGGCAGAAAUUGAGAGAAGAAUGGACUAGUAUUUCACAACCAGCCACCUAUUCUUCCGCCCUCAUUUCUCUGCUUUCCUCCAACUCAUUUUAGCUCCUUACAGGCAAUAACACAACGGGGUCUAAAACUCCCAUGUUUAUUCAUAGUCCACUCCAAAAAGUAUCAGCCCCAAACCUAACCACAAAUAACACAACUGACUUAAGACAAAAAAAAAGGUGCCUCUCAGCUCCACGGUCUCCAUUGUUAGAAAAACAAAACCUGAAAUGCAAACGUUGAUGUGUACAGAACAUGUUAUGUGUUCCCAAUGACCCAUUCACUGAGGACAAACAAAUAAUUGACACUGGAUUGUCAGCUCUAUAAAGGUUGUCACACACAAGCAGGUAAUCUUUUCAUGUGUGCUUUAACACACAGCAUGACUUGACAUGCCCAUGACGAUGACACAGAAUAGUUGAUGCAAGUAAGUGUAACUGACUUAAUGAUUGGUCGGUAGGGAUGCCUGUCACUUUGGACAUCCAGUCCUGAAUGGUCCAGCAGAGCUGUACCCUUCUGAAAUUCUUGUUGUUAUUAAAAACCGAUACGCCAUUGAUGGAUUAUCUACUUUAGAGCUGACUGUGAUGCCUCAAUACUAAAACAGACCACUCUUCCAGCUUGAUAUGGGGUCACAUUUUCAAAGGCUAACUAUUCUCACAAUAUCAGGCUCUAAAUCUUUCACAGCAACAACCGCCAAGAAACAGAAGCUGAAUUGGGUUGAAUGCAGUUAUCAGAGCAAUUCUCUUUGAUAGUUUUCAUGAUUGAUUCUGCAUCGACUUUUUCUUUCCUUCACAUACUUAAUUAAAAGGUACAACUGCCAGCUUCCACUGGCCCAAAAUACUGACUCUACACACCACACUUGGUGAUGUGUUUCACCAGAAAUGUUUGGGGGACAAGUGCUUUGUGUGCAUUCUGGAGCAGUCUCUGAUUAUACUGUCCAGACUAUUGCACCUUGAGUUCAUUGGCUCAAAUGUUAACCUUCCAUUCCUGAUUCAGUGCAGUAUAGCAUUCCAGGAAAAAGAGCCACUUUGGAUUUUUUUCCUUUAGUUUCCCCAAAGAACUUCCAUACAAAAGAUAAUGAUAUUAUUCACUGUAAAUACCCUUGGCUUUCAGGUACAGAAAGCUAAUGUCACCAAAUAAAAGUCAAAAUAAAAGCAAAAUACUAACAAAAA